GCGACCAUCUAUUAGAGGCUCCUUGGAACAACCUGAAGACAGUUGGAGCUCGAAAAGACAUAUGAUGGCCUUCUUAUUCUGGUUUGGGGGCCUGAAUUUGGGAAAGUAAGAGUCAAGAAUAGUUGUUCAAGAGACAAGAUAGAGAAAACGCAUGUCCUUUCCUCUGUCCAACUCCAUAUCAGAAAUGGAAUCAACUAAGGCCCUCAGCAAUGAUAGUGACAGGAACUGCACCAUAGAAAACUUCAAGAAGGAAUUUUACCCCAUCAUAUACCUGAUAAUAUUUGUCUGGGGAGCCUUGGGAAAUGGCUUUUCCAUAUAUGUCUUCCUGCAGACUUACAAGAAGUCCACAUCUGUGAAUGUUUUCAUGCUCAACCUGGCCAUUUCAGAUUUCCUGUUCAUAAGCACCCUGCCCUUUAGGGCUGACUAUUAUAUCAGAGGGUCCAACUGGAUAUUUGGGGAUGUGGCCUGCAGAAUUAUGUCUUAUUCCUUAUAUGUCAACAUGUACACUAGCAUUUAUUUCCUAACUGUGCUGAGUGUUGUGCGUUUCCUGGCCACUGUCCACCCCUUCCAAUUGUUCCAUGUCACCAGUGUCAAGAGUGCCUGGGUCCUCUGUGGGAUCAUAUGGGUUUUUAUCAUGGCUUCCUCAGCGAUGCUUCUGAAUAAUGGCUAUGAGAAGAAGAAGAACGACAUUAUAUCGUGCCUGGAGCUGAAUCCCCAAAAGUUUAAUAAGCUACUGAUCAUGAACCACAUUGCAUUAGUGGCCGGCUUCCUGUUUCCGUUUAUCAUACUCACCAUCUGCUACCUACUGAUCAUCCGGGUCUUGUUAAAGGUGGAGAUUCCAGAAUCGGGUCUUCGGGCUUCUCACAGGAAGGCGUUGAUCACCAUAAUCAUUGCCAUGAUCAUCUUCCUCCUCUGUUUCCUGCCUUACCAUGCACUUCGGACCCUCCACUUGGUCACUUGGAAUGCAAAUUCAUGUGGAGACAAGUUACACAAGGCCAUGGUCAUCACACUGGCCUUGGCUGCCACCAAUAGCUGCUUCAAUCCCUUUCUUUACUACUUUGCUGGGGAGAAUUUCAAAGACCGAUUAAGGGAUGCAUUCAGCAAAGAUCAUCUACAGAAAGCAAAGGCAAAGUGCAGCCUUCCCUUGUGUGCGUAGCUGAAGAACAGAAUUAGAGUUCAGGGAGCAGUUAUGCAUGUGUGCGCAUGAAUCUUGGUGUCCACCUUCAUUCAUUCAUUGUCUCCAAAUUACUUUGUAUUUGCAUCAUAACCAACAAGUCUUGGUUCCCAACAUUCAAUGACCACAACUUUUGCUAAUAAAGCCUAUUUCAGAAAUUUAAUUAGAUGUAUGUUUAGUAGUUGGGGCUAAAUGAGAAAUGUAGGAAAACUGUUUCUACUGGAAUCUUGCAAGCUGAAAUGUGACAUUGGGAAAAAUUGUCAAGCACAGUAAGCCAUGCUUUGUAUCAGAUCCUAUGCUAGGUCUCUGGCCCUAACUUUAAGAUAUCCUCAAGCACCCUAGCUUCUCAGAUCCUUUCCCUUUUAAAGCCCUUGAGACACAGCUAAACCUACCAAGAGCCUCCAUGCAGCCUGGAGCGCAUCCUAAGAACUAAGGAGCAGACUUUAUUGGAGAGGAAGACUGCCCUGUAACAAAGCAAGUCCAGGCAAGGUUGGUGAGAGAACAAGGAGGAGAAGGAUUAAGGCAAAAUAGAGUGAAUGAUACAUAGAGGUAAAGAGUAAUCUCAUUUUUGUCCCAAGAAAUGGGUUCUAGCAACGAAGUUGAAGAAUGUGUCUUUUGUGUCUUUCUUGCCAGGGAUUAGGAAGACCAAAGAGUGGGGGUGGGCUGGGAUGACUUUCCUAGGGGACACAGGAAUUGUGUGUGGAAUAGAGAAGAGGUGGAGUCAUGGACUUGCAUCUCAAUUUUACUUGAGACUUGGGCUGGGAUUGAUGUCACGGUAGUCAUUGCUCCCUCCUAGUAACCCACUAGGAUGACAAUUAAAACAAAGGAGGUGGUGCUAUGGUUUGAGUUGAGCCUUUGGAAAAAGAGUUGGGCAGAACAUGAGGAGUGGUAUAUAAAAAGUUCUUGAUAUUAGAAAAAGACCCUGUCUAUUCACAGAAACUGGAUCCAGAUACCACCAGUUACUCACAUGACCAUUGCGUUGACCCAGACCGUCAAGUGCCAUCCUCAUGCUGAGAAGCCUGAGCAGGUGCUAUAUAACUAGGUAACCCUCACAAGAAAGCACAGGGAUUUCACAGGUGAAAAAAUGAAAGCUCCGAGAAAUUAAGAAAUGCCCAAAUCUACACAGCUAAUCAGAACUUUAAAGGGAAAUGUUGACUGGACGCUCCCCUUCUCCCCCACCCUUGUGAACCUCCAGGAAUGCAGCUCUAAGGUCUGGAUGAAAACUCCCGCUGUUAUCAGGCACAUAUGCCUUCUUAUUCUUACAAGAAAACCAAGCUUUGGGGCUGGAGAGAUGGUUUGGGGCUUAAGAGCCUUAUGGCUCUUGCAGAGGACCCCAGGUCUCAUUCCUAGCACCCACAUGGAGACUCACAGCCAUCUGUAAUUGCAGUUCCACAGGACUUAAUGCCUUCCUGUGGCCUCUGUGGGCAUGCACAUGGUGCAAAGACAGAUGCAGAAAAAACAUUCAUGCACAUAAAAAUUCUUAAAAACAACAACAACAACAAAAAACUAAAAAACAAAGUCAAGACUAUCUCCUUGCAGUUGGUGACCCCUGGCACAGUUGUGGGUGGAAAGAAGGUUGUGUUCUGAAGUUGGAGGGCACUACAGGUAGUGUUUGUAUAAAACAAAGACUGUGACCUUCCUUUAGUCAGCUACCAGAGUGAUGACAGACAGAUGUCAGAGGAAGGCCCUGGAACAUUUGCCUACAGGACAACUCCCCUAUCUCCGAGAAAAGGCUGACAGAUAGAUACUUGGAAAUCUUCCAACAUCAAAUCUGGGCAUCUGCUCUGUCAUUUACCUGUCAGUGAAGCCUACAAUCUAAUACAUUCCCAGUGCUUCCAGAAAGCAUCCAGCUACUUGGUCCUGUCCUACUCUUGACUGUGAACUAUGACCACACACUUCCAAUGGGAAACCCCUAAGACUCAAGGCACCAGCAAGGAAGAGCACAGAGGGAGACAUCUUCAGUAGGGAAGGGCUCUAACACGUGUAUCAGAAAGCACUGGUGUGCUGCUCCCAAACGAGAGGAAGACAGGCAACCAAGAAAACAGGAAUGGCCAAAGGGGAAGACAACUCCCAGGAGGGUUAGAAAGAAGCUCAUACAGGUAGGGCAGGAAUGCCAGGGGACUCCAGGAGGGAUGGCGCCAAGAACAAGAAACCGCCGGGGGAGCACACAUGGAGAGGGAGAGCUUGGGAUGAACUAGUGGCAAAUGAUAGCACAAUGCCGUCAUUGUUACACUAGAAAAGAGUGCUAGCUAAGCGCACCAGGACUAACUUGAGCACACUGUGCAGUUGAAUGUUUACACAGACAGGGACACAAACACAGAAACGCUGUGAUAGAAUCUGUCACGGGAAAUGAGUCGGGUGGACGUGCGUGUAGGGGAAAAGUGCACGAAGCUCGGCUUUCCAUCUUCCAUCGGAGAGAAUUCACCAAAGCUGGGGAGCAAUGAACAGCCACACAGCGUGCUGUCUAGCGCGAGGGAGGAGGUGGUCUCCGGAGAGAAGCUGAGGGUGGGAUGUUUGUUUUCAGGAACUGUCAAACUGAAUAGUUUGUGGAUGUGCAUGCCUGAAAUAAAAUGAAAAUUAAGAUGAAAUUAAAUUGAAACCUUCAAAUCAGUUUCCUGUUUUUAAAGGAGCAAGAAUAAGGAAGCAGGAAAAAGCCUCUAGCUAGGGUAGAAUGUCUCUGAGGCAAGAGGUGAGAAAUAGAAGUGUGUUUGCCAAAGUGAAGGCCAGGAGCUCUGAGGUUUUAGUUAGAUACGGCUUUUUGUUUGAGAGAUUAGGCGUCCCUUCAAAGAAAAUAUGCAAACUCUCCAAGUAGGAGAAAGGGUUUUUUGUUGUGCAAAUGCUUUCUCGGUGGAGGCCAGGGCUGGAUGACACUGUCUUUUACAACUGUAUUGAGUACUAAAAUCUCUGCUUUAGAUUUGAUCAGGGUUUGUUCUCAAGCAGAAAGGGUACUGAACUAGCCGGGCGGGGGAAGGGGGGGCGGCGUUGCGGACACGGAGGACUGGCAGACUUGAUCAUUGGGAUCACUUUCUGUCCAGAAUUCACCUUUCUACCUAGAAAAACAUUUGGGAACAGAGGCCUGCUCAGAGAAGAAUGGGAGCCCAAGGAACAUGGGGAUGAGAGAUUCUCACUCUGACGUUCCAUCCUAGAUGGAGAGAAGCUAAUGGAAAACACACCGAGAAAGAACUUAUUACCACGCUGAUAUGACGUUUAACAUUGAAUAUCAAAAUAGCAUGGACAUGGGUAUCUACAGAGAGCUGAAAAGAAACAGCCCCAAGAAACAAGCUGCUUGCCACGAGGAGUUGGAGAGGUCUCUGGCUGAGUGAUGUCUGUGAGCAGACUGCCAGCUCUUACUCCGAGUGCCUCUGCAUUCCGGUCUGGGUAGACCCAAUAGGACGUACUGGCCAUAAAGACAACCUUCAGCAUGGGUCGGUGCACCAGUGUGAGCUGGUGUCUGGUGACUGGAGAGGCCUCCCUGAUGAGCUGGCUCACAGGGUACCUCAGUCCUUUGCACGACCUCAGGUUAGGGAACAGCAGACUGUUCACAGUGGGACACCAAGGACCAGAUGGAAUUUCCCAUCCGCUGAUGCAACAAAGACUUAGAGUCUGCUGUAAGUUAGUGUUCUUAAAAUCGGCUGUGAUGCUAUGGAGCGUUUUGGCCAGAAGCUUCCAUCCAUUCUUUAUUAACAACGGAUUUCACACAAAGACAUAAGCUAAUGGAGAAUCAAAUGGCGGUCUCUGUUCUUACUCCUUUUGGAAGAACUAAGCUUUAUUAGUACUGCCAUGGUCCUUCACACAUCUAUGACCACAGACAUCAUUAAUCUCCAUUUCACGUUACUCUCAGAAGCAGCAUUGCCCACCACACAGGUGCCAAUGAUCAAACUUCCUUGUCUUACACUAUCUUUACAAAGCAAUGGAUUCCCAUGAAGCUUCUUCAUACAUCCUUAUGUUUGACCAAUCCAUCGCUACCCUUUGCUCUCUCCUGUCUCCCUGCUCCUGUCCCCACCUAAACCUUUAACCCACAGUAUCCCCCCAGCCGUUCUUUCAUGCCACCUGUGCUCUGCUGUGCCCUCUAAUUACAUCUUUGACUUGGGCUGCAAGAUCAUAGGUUUCCACAAGGCCUUUUCAUUCACCGUUCAUUUUUAAGCCUUCUUCUACCCUCUUAUUUCAACCCCCCCCCAAAGCCCUCUGUGUAUGAACCUUUCUGUUUCCAGUCUGUGCCCUCUACUUUCUUUCCCCCUGUGUUUUACUAUUCUCCUCUCUCUUAAUUCAGCCUACAUUCCAUCAACUGACAUGACUCUGCUUUAUAUGAGAGGCCUAAGAAUCUACAGGUUUGGGUAUUGGGUAGUAGAGUCCUGGAGCUAAAUCCCCAAGGAUAAGGAGGUGAUUGUAUUUUACUUCUUGUUUUUAGAAAUUCAUUGUCAAGGGGCUUGGCAGUCACAUGUUUUCUUGCUAUUGUUAGUUUCUUCACACUUCAUUGUGUUGAAAUGCAUGUAUUUUUCCUGUUGAAUGUUUAUUUUAAUCAGUAAUUGAGUUGCUUAUUAAAGCUGGCAGUUAAAGGGGACAGAGAGAUGGCCCAGUGGUUAAGAGCACUUGCUUUUUCAGAGGAUGAGGGUGGAAGACCAAGGGGAACAGUCUAAUGACUAGAGAUCUGUGUGAAGAACAGUAUCCAUCAAUGAAUAUAUAAACUGGAAUUUUAAUAUUAAUUUAGGGUCAAAUCCUAAAGUGAAACAGCAUUUACUCUUUCUAAAAAAAUUAUUUUUCAAAUGUGUGUAUGUGUAUUUUGUCUGCAUGUCUGUAUGCCUGGUGCCCACGGAGGCCGGAAGAGAGUGUCAGAUACUCUGGAACUGGAGUUACAGAUGGUUGUGAGCUACCAUGUGAGUGCUGGAAAUUGAGCCAGGAUUGUCUGGAAGAGCAGCCAGUAUUCUUGACCACAGAGCCAUCACUCAGCCUCCAGAAUUUACUCUUGAUUAUCUUUUAUUUCGUGUGGCUUGUUUGUCUUCCCUCUGCUAGAGAGAAGAAACAGGUUAAUUAUGCUGGAUUUGCCUGCGAGGAAUUGGCUGGACACUGAGCACAGGUGCAUUCAGUUUCACAAGCUGUGGCUUGUCUUCACCAGUCCUGAGAGCAUGUCAGGUCAUUUUGGUCUCCUUUGUGCCUUCCAGUUUGAGCUGAGAACAACAGAACCCGCACCUGGAAAUUCUUGUUGAGCAGCACUGCCCCACUCAUCAGUUUUUGAAGUGUGAUAACAGAUUUUUAUCUGGUUAAACGCUAGUUCUGGGUGGAUUUGUGAGGGCAUUUCUGGAAGAGGUGAACAUUGGCACUAUGGCUCCCUCUAAAGAGGUUGAGCACCGUACAGUUCUUUGUAGGCUUAAAGAGAACAUGAAGGCAGAGAAAGGGAGUUGUCUCUCAUCAGUUACUUGGGCUGAGACAUUGGCCUUCUGUCUCUAGAAUGGGACUCACCUUUAAGGCUGAGGCCUCAGGCCUUCAGACUUGCAUUAAAAAUGUACUGUUAUAACCAUGGAUCUAACUCCAGAGAGCACUCACUGAGAUUUCCAGGGUCUUGAAACCUGGAACAAAGAAUUGGACCAGUGAUACAUGGAUAACCAUAGAAACAGAGACAGAUGAUUAAGAAAGAGAAUGACAUUAUGGAGAAUGUAAGUUGACUAGAGAGCUAGAACAGGCCCCAAAGAUCAUAACCAACUUUUCAUAAUCUGAAGCGCACAGAGUCUUUCUUGAGCAUGCUCUGUUUUGUUACAAGUGACCUUGGUGGGGAGUGGUUUCAGGUCUUUUUUCUGCCAAACAACUGAUAGUUAAUCUUGAUACUGCCCUCUGGGGCUUGCGUUCCUACUUAGUAUCACUGCCUUCUCUGGAUCUUCUCCUUGUGACAGACAUCAUGAGACUUCUCAGCUUCCAUAAUCCCAUGACCCAAUUCCUUGUUAUGACAUUGCUUUGUAUAUGUGGAUGUAGACAUCGACAUGGACAUGGCUAUACACACGUCUAGUUGAUUGUAUUUCUCAGGAGAAUCACAGUGAACACACAAAACUCCAUUAGUGACUUGGCAGGAAGUUACAGAUCUUGGGGCUACAGACAUGGCUCAGCGGUUAAGAGCACAAACUUCUUGAGGAGGACCUGAGUUAGGCUCCCAAUACCAAUGUCAGUCGAUUCACAACUGCCUGUUACUCCAGCUGCAAGGGGAACUGUUAUCUACUUCUGGCCUCAGUGGGCACCUGCACUCAUGUGCACAUACUUGAUCCAUACUCACAUAAUAUUUUAAAAAAAAAAAGAAAGAAAGAAACAUAGAUCUCCAGAUACAACUUUAGGAAUCAAAUUACUUUCUACACAGUUAUAUAUUUCAAAUUUGAAUAUACCCUGAAAUGGUUCUAGUAUCUGAGUUCUAGAAGAGAGACAUGGUAGUGCAAGCCUGUAACCCAGCGCUCAGUAGGCUGAGGCAGGAAUAUUCAAAGUUCAAGGCCAGCCUAGGCUGCAGAGCACAACUCCAUCUCAGACAGACACACACAGACACACACAGACACACCAAUCUCUGGGUUCCGUCUCAAGGGAGAGCACAAAUCUGAACAAGUCAUGUUUUUAUAAGGAAAGUGUCCUUUGAUGUCCUUUGUCAAGGACACUUGACAAUUGACAGCCAGACUCACUCCUCUGUUACUUUGAGCUAUGUGACCUCAGCAAGGACAAUUUUCCCUUUUGCCCUGGUUGUCUGUCACAGAAGGAUGUUAGAUCGUGGGCUUGGAACCUGAAGAUGCUAAUCACUCUAAGAGAUCGGAUCUGCAGCCUGGAAAAAUCAGGGCACAGCUGAUUUUUCGAAAGAAAGUUCUCGAAAGAAAGGACUGGCAAUCCUUGCUGUUGACACACAGAGUCCAUCCCCUUCAAGAUAUAAUAGGAUAUUGUUUUCUGAUAGCCUGUUCCCCCACCAUGCUAUCCGUGAUGGCUUUCUCUCCUCCUCUUUUGCCUUAAGGGAUCUCCUAAUGUUCUCAUGAUGUCCUUUCUGCUUGCUUAUCUCUCAGCUAAGUCAUGCUGUUUUGGGUGUGAUGGACUGUGCUUUCUUAUGCUCCCUCACUUUAGGGUCCAGUCAUGAACCUCAUGGUCGCAGGACUGUCGUUCUUAAGGAGAAACAUUUCUGAAGAGUAAUUUCUUGUCUGGUCCUUUCCCAAACCCAUGGCUCUAAUUUCUAUCGGAACAACAGUGCAUGCCCUCUCUUGAGUAGUUACGAAGACAAAGCGUACUGUGACAUGUGUUGGUAACAUUCUAAAGAAUGCAAGCUAGAACACACUGCCUGAUACUCUGUGAAAGAAAACAACAGGGUUUCAUUAUUCACAUUGCAUUUUAGAUUGCUUUGGGGAGCUUGCUACACAAAGGAAGUCAUCAGUGAAAUUUCACCUAAAUCAAACAGUCAUUUUGUGUUUAGAGGCCUUCCCUUAUUUGCUUGUUCUCUGAAUUUUGCUGUUUUCAGUGUUCCAAAAAUAGCACGUGCUGUGCUCUCACUUAAGAGGCCACAGUGAGUUCUCUGACCAUAAUGCCGUUGGUCGGAAGGGAGCUCAGAGGUCUGCAUCCACUUGGGGAUGAGGGAGAAGCAGGACUGCUGGAACAGCUACAGGUGACCCUUGGGACUCCUGGAGCAAAUGACUUCCACCACCUUCCGGAGAAGAAGUGACGUCAUGGAAGUAAAGGUCUCGGUGACUCAAAGCCCUCUGGGUUUUCUUAGCUUGUUCUUACGUGCAGAAGGCUAUAAACAGCUUCUUACCUCAGCACAUUUACGUACCUUCCAGAAUAGGAGAGGGAAGCCGUAACAGUUACUGCAAUUUGGGGCUGUGGCAGCCCCCCAGCAGGUUAGGUACCACCACCAGUUCUCAUUAGUCCAAUUUAUGACACGUGCAAUAGUGGAAAGUAGAGCAAAAAGAUUAAUUCAUUUUGGCCACACUGGGAAAAUGGACAAAUGACGAGGUCUAGUGACCCAGCCCCCAGUCUAUCGUUGGGAUCCUAACAUGAAGUUUGGUUUUAAACCAAAGGGAAUGCACGACGAAGCAGACCUGGUCAGUGGGCCUGCUUAGAAUGGACAUGUCACUGCCCAGGCCCCGUGCUUAGGUCUGUUCUGCAUGAAAUCUCUUUCUUAGGGACAAACGCCCCUUCUGACUGUCACCAGGACCCCAGCCCUUCCUUCAUGGCAUGAGACCCCUAGGGGGAUCUUGGUUCCUCGGGUCUCUUGAAGUGUCUCUCUUUAGAAUAGCUUCACUUCUGUGGGACAGACAUCUAAUCUGAGAAAAGGCAGGCUAUUCAUGAAGUUGUGUGCUGAAGCCUGCAGGAACGGAAGCUUAGUGGAACUUAUUUCCAUCCUUUGUCUUUUUAGGACUUUGGGACCUGUCACCCUAAAAUAAAGAUCUGUACUUAAUGGUUUGUGUUGCUUGUUCUCAUUUUUCCUACAAAGCAUCCAAGAAGAGGAAUCCACAGAAUGUAAUGAGGCCUAAGUGAUGGAUCACGUGAAAUACACCAGGAAAAGGUUUUCAGGAAGCAGGUGAAUGUGGUGGGAGACCAGGAGCCCAUCCUUUGCAGACCUGCCUCUAAUCUCAGCUCUGGAGAUUUCGGGCAGGGCAAGCACCCUGUCUGGCCUCCAUAGAGAGACUAAAGCCUGCCUCACAGUGUCACAGAGAUUAGCACUCAUGGCAACAUAUAUAAGAGCAACCAGCAAAACCCUGGGUCCACAGCGGACCCUCGAAAUCUUGCUUAUUUUAGUAAGAGGA